GAUACCUUGAGCAGAUGACUUUCGACACUGGAAUUAUUUCGAGUCAAGACCUCUUGUGACAAUACUACUGCUCGCUUUCUUACGUCACCAUUUCGAUCAUUUCAAGAACGUUCUUCGUCUGACAUAGACUCACCGAGAAGAAUGACACGGUAGUCGAAAUGGCAUACGAGCAACGCGGCGACCGCGACUAUGGAGGCCAGGGCGGUGGAGGAGGCGGAGGAGGCUAUGAAGGCGUAUUCAUUCGAGGAAGAGCAAAGCGACCUGUCACUGAUUAUGGAGCUACUAUUGUUCACUGGAUGCGAAAUAGACAGCCGAGGUUUAAGGGAGGUUAUCAAGGCGAGAUGGAGAGACCAAGUGCAAGCUAUAUCGUUGAUAUGCUCCCCCCGUUAGCAAGGUUAAAUAAUCCAGCAGAUACGAUACCUUCACGCUUCCUACACGCUUCGUUAAACAAGAACAAACAUCCUGUUAAUGUUGUAUGCUGGACACCAGAAGGCCGAAGAUUACUUACGGGCUCCAGUAGUGGAGAAUUUACUCUCUGGAAUGGAACGGGUUUUAACUUUGAGACGAUCAUGCAAGCACAUGAUGUUGCCAUCAGAGCUCUGUCAUAUUCUCACAGUGACGACUGGCUUGUGUCAGCUGAUCAAGACGGCCUGAUCAAGUACUGGCAACCUAAUUUUAAUAACGUCAAAGUCAUUCAAGGCCAUAAUGAUGCUAUCAGAGAUCUUGCUUUCAGUCCAACAGAUUCAAAAUUCGUCACGGCUUCGGAUGAUUCGACAUUGAAGAUAUUUGAUUUUGCGGGAGGAAAUGAAGAGUCCAUUUUGACUGGUCACGGAUGGGAUGCAAAAUCUGUCGAUUGGCAUCCUACAAAGGGCCUGAUUGUAUCUGGAUCAAAAGACCAUUUGGUCAAAUUAUGGGAUCCUCGCACUGGCCGUUGCUUGACCACACUCCACGGCCAUAAAAACACCAUAACCAAGACUUCGUUCGAGAAAGUCAGAGGACAGUGUCUAGCAUCAUCCUCACGAGGCGAAAUAGCACGUGUAUUUGACCUCCGAAUGAUGCGUGAUAUCGUUAUUCUGAAAGGUCACGAGAAAGACAUCUCAACACUAGCAUGGCAUCCAAUCCACUCCUCGAUGCUCAGCACUGGUAGUGCUGACGGGUCAAUGUGCCACUACCUCCUCGACGAACCCAAUACUCCGCCAGGAAUCACUUCGACCUUGUCACCAUACGAUUCUCCAGACCCUUCAGUCGCACCCAUCCAGACCAUCUAUCCAGCUCAUAAGAUUAACCACGCCCAUGAGUUUCCAGUCUGGAGUCUCGAUUGGCAUCCUCUCGGUCACAUCCUAGCAUCAGGAUCCAAUGAUCGUACUACUAAGUUCUGGACACGAGCUCGUCCAGGCGAUACAGAUAUUCCUAAUGACAGGCACCAUAUUGGCGAAGCAGCAGCCGAGGCCCAAGGAACCUGGGACCGCCGUGGUGGUCGUAAACAAAGGCAAGAAGAGGAGGAGCAGGAGAUGGAAGACGAGACAGAAGGACUUGUCGACCAAAAAAUGCCACCAAAGUUACCUGGCUUCCCUGGUAUCCCUGGAUUACCACUUCCGCAAUUCGGCAGAGAUGGAACAAGUCAAGGCGGAGCACAGCCUCUGAUUCCAGGUAUGGGAGGUGCUCAUGCUCCACCACCGCCUGUUUUUGGAAAUGGCCUUCCUCCUCCAUUGCCAGGAAUGGAUCCAAACAACCCGCCAGACUUUGCGAAACUGGCGGAGAUGAUGCAGAAAGCCGGCUUACCUCCUCCACCCCCACCGGUUGGUGGACAAAUGCCUCUUCCACCAGGCAUGUUACCUCCCGGCUUAUUACCUCCGCCAGGAUUUCCAAACGGAUUUCCUCCGCCUCCACCUGGAAUGGGUGCUCCUCCUUUCCAGAUCCCCGGUAUGGGAGGUGGUGGCGAGAGAGACAAUACGCCUCCGACAGCUGCUGGUACUGUGAGAAGAAGAGGUCCGUUGCCAAGUCAAGAGGAGAGUUUGAGGAUGGAACAAAGGCAGGGGAAGUACACGAAAGCUAGGUAGGGAUCUAGAAGAAUCACCAAAAUAGGUCAUGUACAACAGCAAGGAAUACCUCAGGCGUUACGUCGUAGCAGAACUGAAAGGCUUCUGACUGAAAAUGAGAUUGUGAAGUUGUGUCUCGUGAGAUUUUCAUGUAAUUGUGUCGUGUAUUGAGUUUAUGCUAUGCUAUCUAAGUUCUGGUAUCAAGUACAAAUACAACAAGUCAAAAAGACAAAACUCCAUGCUAUGCGUUCGCUCUCCCCAAUGCAAAUGCAGAUGCUAUAUGCUAUGCCAAAUCAAACAUAAAACAACAG